AUGGCCUCUCCCCGUCGUCCGACCACCACACUAGUCUUUGUGUCGUUGCUAUGCCUCUACCAAGCGCCACGCUGGGCCUUCUCGCUCUCCUUCAGCCUCGACUUCUCCGACCUCACUGCCGGCACGUCGAUCCUCGUCGCCGGCGACGCCCUCAUCAGUCCACCAGCGCUCCAGCUGACGAAAAAUAGCUGGGCGUCGUACCGGUACAAAGUGCCUCUAUGGAACGGCGCCACGGGCGAGAUUGCUAGCUUCGCCACCGCCUUCUCCUUCCGGAUCACCCCAGAGAAGGAGGACAGCCCGAACGGGAUGGCCUUCUUCCUCGGCCAUCUCCCUUCGUUGGACGUCCCCCGCAACAGCAGCGGCAGUGCCGGCGGCGGGACAGGCGAGAGCCGGAUCGUGGCGGUGGAGUUCGACGCUUUCCUCAACAAUGUCGGCAUCGACGUCAGCUCCGCCAACUCCACGGCAGCAUCCGCGUACGCGACGGCGACCUGGCCGGGCAAGAACCUCACGUCGUCCAGUGUGAUGGAGGCCACCGGGAAGUACCACAAUGACACCAAAUUGCUGGCCGUCGGUCUCCUCAUCGGCGAUGCCCUGUACCAGGUCAAUGCAACCGUUGACCUGCGCAGAAUCCUAAUGGAGGAGGUCGCAGUCGGUUUCUCCGCGGCGAAUGGCGCCGCCGCCGGGCUGCACAGGAUACUGUCGUGGUCGUUCAGUUCCAGUCUGCCCGAAUCAAAGCGGGAAGCGCCGCCGCCUGCUGAACCUACUCUCCCAACCAGCAGCUACAGCCACAGGAAGGUAGCAUUGGUCCUACUAUUCAUAGGAACAAUCGCCAUGAGGUGUGUCCGGAUAGGAUUUCAGGCUGGAUUCAACCCAUCACCGGGCCAUGUUACCUUAGGCCCCGAUUGGGAUGCUGCAUUUUUGCUACCCCCGUAACCUUUUACACCCAACAAAUUCCUGGUGGAGAGUUGUAAA